UGUUAGCGGCACUGAGGAGGGCCUUAGCAAUGAACCUGGUUUUUGCGACCAUGAGCCUUUCGCUCGGGCUGCGCGUACUUAUCAGGGUAACGCGAGAGCGCAGGACAUACGUAUUGAAGAGUUGCAAAACGAAAACGUCGCGUUAAAGCAACAAAUUGCUCGUUUGCAAACACACGCGAUAGUAGCUUCGCCCGAUUGUAGCGAUGACGCUUUAAAUUUUGCUAGAAUGAUAGUACGGUCGGUUAGUUCCUACACGGACACGGAAAAAACUUUAGCCCAAAAUAUUAAUUACAUGUCGACUAAAGCCUAUAAUUUUAUGCGCGAUGACUUGAAGUUUUCACUUCCUCACAAAAAAUCGCUUUUGCGAUGGCGCCCUAUUAAAUAUGUAUCGCCGGGUAUAGAUUUUAAAGUAAUAGAAAAUUUAAAAUAUGUCGUUUCUGAAAUGUCUCCCACCGAGCGGUUUUGCGAAAUUUUAUUCGACGAAAUUUCCAUUAAAAAAGAUCUCGUUUAUAAUAAAAGUAGAGAUAUUAUUGACGGUUUCGUGGAUAUUGGCGACGGUAAUCGCGACCUCAAUGUCGCCGACAAAUGUUGUUUUUUCAUGGUGAAAGCCAUCGCGGCGGAUUGGAAAUAUGUCCUUUCCUAUUAUAUGGUUAAAGGCGGUAUGUCGGCUUCAAAUCUUUUAGAAUCCUUAACGGAAAAUAUUAAAACGGUUGAAGGCCUCGGCUUAAGCGUCAAAGCCAUCGUCUGCGAUCAAGGCCCAACCAACGUUCGUCUUUUUAAACUUUUAAAUGUCUCCGCGGAAAAUCCGUUCUUUAUUUUCAAUUCAAAUAAAAUUCACUGUCUUUACGACUAUUGCCACUUAAUUAAAUCGGUUCGGAAUAACUUAUUAAAGCACGAUUUGAAAACUGUCGAUGGCAUCGCGAGCGGUAAAGUCAUUCGUCAAUUAUAUUCGGUAGAUAAAGCGAAUGUAAACUUCAAGGUAUGUCCUAAGCUUACAGCUUCGCAUAUUUACCCCAAUAAUUUUGAAAAAAUGAGCGUAUCCCGAGCGACGCAGCUAUUGAGUAAUUCGGUAGCUGCAGGCAUUGAUAUGGCGCAGAAACAAGGGUUGCUAGGGUCUGAUGAAUACACCCUCAAAUGUGCCAAGCCGACUCAGUUGUUUGUAAAGCGCAUGAAUGAUUUGUUCGAUGAGCUCGAUUGUAAGAGAUUAAAUAAUAAAAACCCAUUGAAGGGUCCAAUUUGGCGCGAUUCUGUAGACAAGCUUAACAGGCUUAAGGACCACAUUAAAUUCAUUUCGUCGAUUCAACUUCCCAAUAAUAUAAAUUCCUCGUGUUUUGCUGGUUUCAUUUUAACCAUUAAUUCUAUGAUUAAUUUAAGUCAAGAUGUCUUUGAAAAUUGCAAAGAUUUAAAUUUUAUAUUGUUGGGAAAAUUGAAUCAAGAUGCCCUUGAGAACUUUUUUUAUAGAAUCCGCGCAACUCAGGGCAUUAAUACGCAUCCAUCGGGCCAUGAAAUUCAGUACAUUGUUGCUCGCUUAAUUUCUAUGAAAAUUUUGAGACGGAAAUUUGAUAAAAAAGGUACAAACUGCGAAGAUGAUGAAGAUUUGAACCUGGAUUGGAAUAUUGCUGAUGAAGAUUCCUUAAAAGACAAUUUAGGACCUUCAGAGCAACUUGCGAUGGAUGUCGAUAUUCCAGAAGAGCAAUUUUCUUGGGAUAUUGACAUUCCUGAAGAGCACUUUGCUCUCGCGGAAGGGGCAUCAGCAGAAAUCCAGGUGCAAAG